AUGCGUGCCUACUUUGCCGCACUCCUAGCCAGCCUCAUAGCCACCGCUGCGAGGGCCGCCGAGUCUCCCAUUCCCGGGUACCGCAUCGUGCCAAUCCAGUGGGAGAUCGAGGUUGCUCCCGGGCAGAUUGCACGCCUGAACGGCACGGUCCAGGAGGUCUACGCCCAGGCGCUGCAGAUCAACCCCAACUUCAAGCUAAAGACGCCCUCGACGCCGGCAAGGCCAAGGAGGGCACUGGCUCACCAGAGGAGCAAGGUUGAGGAUUGUAACUACCCCUACCCCCUGGCCGAGGCCAGCAAGAUCCACGACGGCGUCGAGUAUCUUCGCGGCGUACCCGGCAAACCUGUCGAGGGCCCGGGCCCCACGGCCUGCGGCCGGGUCAGCUGCUCUUGGAAAUCCGCCAUCUGGUGGUGCAACGACAACAAGAAUUUAUACACUCUCGAUAGCUUCAAUAAGAUUGCCGAUAGCGCCCAGUUUAUUCUCCUUACUUGCCCUUGGACCGGCUACAUGAACUGGUAUGUUUCUGGGCAGAACUUUGAGACGGAGCACUGGAGCACGAUUGUCAAAGGGGAUGAUUGCUGA